AUGUAUGCUGAUAUUUCAGCCAAGUCUCAGCUAGAUGUGAUCCGGAACGUGGCCUCGAUUGUGAGAAACUCUGCCUUGAGUACACCAUAUUGUUUUGUCCCCCGUCUUAGAGUCUCAUUCAAAAAUGUUGAUAGAUGUCUCUUUGUGAUUUAUUCGGAUGUUGAAAAGUUUUUGAGAGUGGAGUUUCGGAAGGAAUCGGAUGGAAUUGUGAUUAAAAGAAUGAUGAAUAGUUAUGACGAAAACGAUUCUGUUGCCGAGAAAAUCGAUGGAACCACUCCAAUCAGUCUCGCAACUUCUAUUCUCGCAACUGCCGUUAUGGAUCGACCCUUGGGAGUCUUAGAGAUCGAAUUCUUUGAUCCGAAUCCUCAGGAACAAAGAAAGAUUUUCAACGAAAUGUUGAAGACUCUGCAAUCAAAAAUUGAAGGAUUCCGAUAUUACUUUCGGCCUCAGAAGUUCGUUGCCAACUGCCUGACAGAUGGAGAGAUUUUCACUUCUUUCCAUGAAGAAAUGCUCGAUCUCAUUCGUCUGAAAGAGUCUGCAAUGGAGACAAUUUCUAUGGAGAAUCACUCUCUUGAACCUCGAUCCUUGAUUGAUACGACUAGUUUUAUGGAUGACAUUCAGGUUGCUCUAAGUGGCACAGAAUUAUUUUCGACGAAACCGGAUGAGAGAUAUCUGAGCAACCUCAUGGUCCAAGCUCUGAACACUGAUGGCUUCGCCACUCUUCGCUUCGCGAGAAAAUCGGACGCUGGCUGGUGGAAUAAGCAGAAAGGAAAAGUUUUCAUACUCAACGAUUCAGUUCUAAUGAAACGUGUGACACUGUCUGACAAUCUGGUGGCUCAUUGGAACUUAUCCGAAUGCGGACUUUGGGUUGAUAUAUCUACUUUGAAAAAUGAGCGCAAAUACUGGUCCUGUUUCGAGAAAGAAAAAUGUGGGCUCCGUUCGUUUUGUCAAAAGUGCGCCCAUCGAUUCGACUACUGGUUCUAUCGUGACUUGCCACGUCGUAUCAUAAACGAACCAGAGUGGGUUAUUGUACGGGAGGAAAAGAAGGAUGAGAAAGAGAAGAGCGGAGAAGAAGAGGCGACAGACACGUGGGAAGAGAUGGAGUUCGUAGAUGAAUUCGACCAAAUGGAGGCGUUUGGAUGUUCAGCUAAAAUGGAGAAGCCGAUUUGGAGUGAGCGGCUCUUGAAGAAACUCAUCUAA